AUGGUUGUUUGGAACAUCUGUCGUUGUUUGUUAAUGAUAAAGAGGUUGAAUCCCAUGGAAUUGAACCCAUAUCUGGAAACUGGUUAUCGAGACGAUGCAGAUGAAAAAACAAAGGACCCACUUUCAUCUUCUUCGCUUGUGGGGGAUGGAGGUGCAAGUUGGAGACUUAAAGCUGUUAAGCGUGCCGAAGAGCAAGCUGCUCGACAAGGAAGGAGGCUUGAGGAGGUUGUUCAAGAACGCUGGGGUUCCAUUGAUCUGCUGGCUGUUUGUGGAGCAUCUCGUAGGGCUGCUGCACCUCGUGCUCAUCUACAUGCCAUAAGAAAUGGAAAACAACUGCAAGAUGAGGAGAAACAAAAAGUUGCAGAUAAUGAAAGUGAAAGAGGUUGCACAAAGCUGGAAGUUGACAGCAUGAGGGCAAAGCUGAGCACUAAAGAGCAGACUGUUGACCAUGCAAGCAGGUGUGUGGCUUACGAUGUCUCGAUGCGAAAAAGAAAGGAUGAUGAUGAUGCUGAUAAGCAUGUUGCUGGGAGAAUAAUGCACAACAAACAUUAUAGUGUAUCUGGUCGGGCAGAUGAUGAAUAUGAUUAUGAAGAUGGCCCGAGAAGAAAAUCUCGAAAGAAGGGCGGUGGAAAUGAUCAGAAGGUAUCUGGAAACAGUAAUUUGUCAAAACGCAUAUUGACUCAGCAAGAGCGCUGCCUUUUCUGCUUUGAGAACCCAAACCCGCCAAAACAUCUUGUUGUUGCUAUAGCUAAUUUCACGUACUUGAUGUUGCCACAAUGGCAGCCUGUUGUGCCAGGUCACUGUUGCAUCUUACCAUUGCAGCAUGAGUCAGCCACAAGAACAGUCGACAACUAUGUGUGGGAGGAAAUUCGUAACUUCAAGAAAUGCUUGAUUAUGAUGUUUGCUAAGCAAGAGAAGGAGUUGGUGUUCUUGGAAACUGUGAUGGGCUUGGCACAACAACGUCGCCACUGUUUGAUUGAAUGUAUUCCUUUGCCAAGGGAAAUAGCAAAACAGGCCCCUUUAUAUUUUAAAAAGGCAAUUGAUGAAGCUGAAGAUGAAUGGAGCCAGCACAAUGCAAAGAAGCUGAUAGAUACCGGUGGCAGGGGAUUGUGUGGUUCGAUCCCCCAAAACUUUCCGCAUUUUCAUGUUGAAUUCGGUCUAAACAAGAGCUUUGUCCAUGUAAUUGAUGAUGAAAGUCAGUUCAAAAGCAGUUUUGGCAUUGAUGUUCUAAGAGGUAUGCUAGCACAGGAUCCACAUAGGGUUGGCAUCGGGGCGGGUUUUGCUCGCCCCGAACCCGAUCCUACCCGAAAAUUUUUUUGGUUUUUCAUACUCGAACCCGACCCGAAUCCGACAUCAUGUAAACUAUACCCGACCUGA